AUGGGUGAACAUAACUCCAAGAUGAAUCGCUACAACUGGCUUUGCGUGCUGUACGUGACCUUCGGGGCCGUGUUUUAUGGCUAUGACUCUGCUUGCACGACUUCAGUCCUUGGGUAUACGUCCUUUCUCGAAUACUUCAGCCUGGACUCUACCACCAUAGGCGCCAUGGGAUCAGCGUACUACGCUGGAGCCGUUGUUGGCAUGGCUUCGAAUUGGUACCUGCCCAACAAAUACGGACGUAUUCGAACCAUCCAAAUCGGCUGUCUGGCAUCUCUGCUUGCCGCGGCGAUGCAGACAGGAGCCCAUAGUUAUGGUGUCUUCGUUGCCGGCCGAGUUAUCGGUGGCUUCGCGUCGGGCCUGAUUUUCGUGGUCUGUCCCGCAUACGCCUCUGAGAUCGCGCCUCCCAAGAUGCGAGGUCGAAUUGGUGGUCUUUAUUCGUACGCGGCCUUCAAAUUUAUCAAUGGUCUGGGAUUCUACUUCAUCAAAGGCAACGUCUCUUGGCGUCUCCUGCUAGGUUGCCAACUUAUCCCUGGCACUCUCAUGUUUGCCUGCUCCUUCCUGAUGCCAGAGUCACCGCGUUUCCUUGCAUAUGUCGGGCGCUACGACGAGGCCUUGGCCAUCCUCAAGAAAAUGCACGGCACUACACACGACGAUACAUUCUACAUCCGCGAAUUUCACCAGAUCAAAGCCCAAAUCGAGCUUGACAGGGAGGAGCGCCUUGGUCUCAAAGCAAUCUGGCAAAGGCCAUCGUACCGCAAACGAUUUUUGCUGGUGUUCUGGUACGCAAUUGCAUGCAUGCUCUCUGGUGUCAUCGUCAUCCAAAAUUACCAGGUCAUCCUUUAUACGAAUGUCGGAUUCAGCAACGUCAUGUCCCUCAUCCUGACGGGUGUAUGGGGUUGCGUGGGCACUCUCUCUGCCAUAUACGCGGCCUUAUGCUUCGACCUCAUGGGACGGCGGCCAACGAUGUUUAUCUCAUAUUUCCUUAUUGUUGCCGGAACGCUCACAACCUGCAUAACCUGGGCGAUCUACGAAAACGGCGGAAGCACCAACCGCUCCCUCGCGAAGGGGAUCAUCGCAGCCAUGUUUUUCGUCGGACUCGGGUAUGGCGGGCCUGCCAAUGCUUUCCUUGCCACGUAUCCCGCCGAAAUCAUGCCUACCUCUGUCCGCCCCGUCGGCGUAGCCGUCAGCUACAUGACACAGCACGUCCUGAUCAUCAUCCUCGUGCAAUUCACCCCGCAGGCCAUCGAGACCAUCUCGUGGAAGUUCUUCCUGAUAUUCGUGUGCUCGAGUUUUGUCUUCGCCAUCGUCUUCGUCUUGUUCUACCCAGAGACGAGGAACAAGACGCUGGAGGAGAUCGAGGCUGUUUUCGGCGACAAGGUUGCUGAGACGCUGGAUGAGGCCGCGCAACAUAUUAAAGUCGAGCACGUGGAUGAAAAGGCCCAGGCGCAGGGACAUGUCAGCCCCGUGGCUGUCCAUGAGGAGGGCACCGACAAGGAACAUACCGCCUAG